AUGUGGUGUAGUGGUGAAGCGAUGAUCAAGCAGGGACCUUACCAUCUAAGAAUGGAUCGAGCCGCGCAGGAGAUAUCAUCGCGUUUUGUCUUUGUCGACGAUAUUCAUCUUCACGGCGGUAACCAGCGUGAACUUGCUAGGGAAAAAGCGGUAAAAAAAGAAAAGACAAAGGCAAAGAAUGCAAGUGAGCACUCUGGAAACAAGGGUUUGUCUCUGAUAGAACGCCGCGAGCGGUAA